AUUAUGGCUAUUUCUUGUAGUCUCCGAGGCAUCGAGUACACCGAACCAGUUCGCAGCGGCUUUCAGGCUCACCGUUUCCGUGUCCCCUGCAACACAACCAGAUUGGACGUGCAUCUGCUGGCUCGUGCCCGCCAUACCACUAUGUACUCAGCCCUCAGUAUAUGCACAAAAGAGCAGUGAGACAGAGGGACAUGGGAAUUAUGGGCUUGACGACACACCACAAAUGGCUUGGAAACCGUCCAAGUCACCCAAUGAUGGGCUACAUGGGAAGCAUGCAGCGGAGCUUCUGCAUCCGUUCGCAGCUCGAGGGCCUCGCUAAGCUGACCACUUAUUCACUGGUGAGUGAGCCAAAUGGGUGUCCAGAAAUAAUGCUUGUUCGCAAGGCCAUCUCCCCUUUGCCCCUCUUGCAUGAAGAAGAGGGGGCGCUGCAGCGAUUCUUUGCAAUAAGUACGGUGAUGAUCGACCUCAUGCGUCGCCAGGCUGUGUUGAGCCCUGCAGGAUGCCCCAAAACGGAGCAAAAGCUCGAACGCACUGCUUCGCUUGUUGGUUUUGGUAUGCCGGAACGCAUGAUCCCUACAGAGAACUCCCUGCACGAUGCGAUUCGCCGUGGGAUUGAUUGGGUCUUGCAGCAGCAGUAGUAUAUCCCUGUUCAGCUGGCAGCAGUAGUUGGGGUGGGUACCAAGAUUCACCCGUCGACUACAUGUGCAUCUUGUACAAGCAAGCUCCGCUCCCCAUGCAGCCAAGCACUGAUACAAGCAAAGUACAUGUACUUGGGAAAACUCAAUGGAUGGGAUGAGUCAGAGGAGCACGAUGCAGGCCCAGCCUGUGGCUGAUGCUGUAUAUAGCCCUCUUGGUACCUUGCUGGCGGUAACCGUCAGCUGCUCAUGUGAAGACGAGAUGCUCCAUAAACACCGGAAAAGGUUCCAAGUUGG